UCUAGAACCAGUUCUAGAAACUAUCCGGAUAAAACCGGAUCUUUUCAGCUGAAAAAAAAAAUCAAUUAGAAAAAUAAAGAAGAAAAAUGAGUUCGAGGAACGAACUACCAGACGAGCUAUGGAGAAAAAUACUAGAAAUCGGAAUCAAAGCCUCGAGCUUUACAUACAAAGAUCUUUGUUGCGUUUCAAUCAGCUGCAGACGCCUCCAUCGUUUAUCCGAUGAAUAUUCACUCUGGUCCCACUUGAUCUCCGUUGAUUUCCCCACACAAACCUCGUCAGUUCCAUCAUCAUGUUCCUCCCCUAAAUCCCUUUACAGAAUCAGGUUUGAGAGGGAAAGAGAGAGGAAGUUAUGGGCUCAUAAAAGGGCGGUGUUGAGGAAAGAGAGUCAGGUUGCCGAGCAUAUUCGGAAACUUCGAGAAAUCGAGGUUCGAUUACUUGAGGAAAGAAAUAAAUUGAAGUCCUCUCUAUCGGAAUUGUCUAAUUUACAUAAAGUUAGUCAAGCUUUCGUAGCUUUGAAUGUGUGGCAACCCGAGGUUGUGCGUGGUAGGCAGAAGCAACUGGUUGAGCAAUGUACUGUUCCGGUCGAGUCUAGAGUCCGUGCACUGGAUAUGGAGGUUAAGCUUUGCAACCAGCAGCUACAAGUGUUCAAUAAGGCCUAUAGAGACGAGAAACGAAGGCUUGAUACAGCGAAGGAAGAGUUGAAAUCCAUGAAAUAUCACCCUUUACGAGAUUAUACGCCGAUAAGUAACGAAAGCCAUGAAAAUGGGAGAAAGAAGAAGAAGUUGAAAAGCAUACAUCAAGCGUAAGAUUCUAGUUUAUUUCCUCGUCCGCUAUAAUUGGGGGGGGGGGUGAUGUUGUGACAUGUUUUUCUCUGCUUCAUUGUGUUUUACAUACUUUUCAUUCUGGAGUGAUUUAUGAGAAUGUGAGUUGCAUGUUUCAAAUA